GGCGUUUAGAAUCUUUCAUAAUGGGACAAAUGCCUGAACAACUUCCAGCGUCAAUUUGUGUAUUCCCCCGGACAAUAAACUGUGUGUGUUUUUGUCUUAUACAGGUCAUCUGUACUUUAGUGCCUUAACAAUGCUCCGUGCCACCACUGCCUUCCUGUGCUCCUAUUGCCAGAAGAGGAGCGUCUUAACCCCUCAUAUGGGCUUCUCUGCCUCUACCCUCACCAACAAGCGGCCAGAGAACCAGCAAACUGUCGACUCCCUUUAUGACCUAUCAGUGGACAUCCGUAAAGUGCGUAAGUUCAAGGGAUGGGUGCUGUCAGAGAAGUCUGUGUACGUGUACGAGACGGCGGACCUGCUGCGGGACAUGGGCGCUGACACUGCUUCCAUUGCCCGUGUGCUGGAGACCCACCCCGAGGCUAUCCUGUGUCAGCCCGAGGACGUGGCAGCUCAGCGGGACCUCUGGUCCUCCGUAUGCCCCAACCAGCGUGAGCUGGUAGGCAUCAUUGAGAAGUUCCCUGCCUCCUUCUUCACGCUCACGCACCACACCAACCAGCGUGACAACAUACGCUAUCUCCAGAGCCUGCGCCUCAGCAAGCGCAUCAUCGGGAAGUUGAUGGCCAGCGCCCCCCAGAGCUUCAGCCGGCCUGUGGAGAGCAACCAGGAGGUCAUCCACACGCUGCGAGAGACUUACCUGGACCUGGGAGGGGACGAGGGAAACCUGCGCUUAUGGUUCCAAAAGCUGCUCAGCCAGAACCCCUACAUCCUGAUGCGGCCGGCUGAGGCGUGGAGGGACAGUCUGGGCUUCUUGAGGGAGAAGGGCUUCACCACAGAGGAGCUCCUGGUCCUGGUCUCCAGCCUCAGGGCCUCCAUCGCAGAGCUGCAGCCUGAGGCCAUGCAACAGGCUCUGGACUACACCCAGGGGGUGCUCGUGUGCUCUGAAGAUGAGCUCCGGGAGAUAGUCCUCCGCUGCCCUGCUGUACUGUACUACUCUGUGCCCACCCUGGCGGGCCGGUUCAAGGGGCUGCUGGACUUGGGGGUGAGCAUGGACCAAGUGAGGGAGACGCCCAACGUGCUGGAGCUCACCACUCAGAUUGUACUCUACCGCAUCCAGAAACUAGCCUCUUACGGCUAUGACGUGCGAGGUGGCAGCCUGGACGUUAUCGUCGGCACCAAGAAGGACUUUGAGAUGACCUAUAGCAAACUGCAGCUAAGGCAACAACGACCACUCUUCAACCCUGUUGCCCCCCUCAGGACCGCAGAGGAGUGAAUGUUAAUGGACCACAUCUUGAUGUUUUAAGGGGAUGGGAUGAAUACUGCACGGUUGCAGAACAAGCUAUGGGUGUUUUACUGUAAUUACUGAUUGGAGACUGAGGUCUUAUGAUGUCUCCGUUGGCGUGAGCUAUACAUUUCCCCAUACAUGGGUUUGCUAUGGAGACCUCUGUCUCCAGAAGUAGGUGGAUCAUCCAAUCAUUGUCAGGAAAUGGCUGUGUUUGUUUCAAUUAGCCUGAGUCACCUAUCAACAGCCACUGUUCUAUACUCUAUAGCAUGAGAUGAGAAAGAAUAUUGUUCCAAGCUUUCAUAUUUGUAUCCAUUGAUGAAAUGGUAUCCCUUGCACCUUAUGGUUUAAAUGUGUAUGAACUCUACUGACAGCAUUAUCGAGACAGUGUGAAAGAUCCAAGUAUUUCACACUGUUAUGCUAAAUACUAACUGGAAUCAUUGAUGUAAAGAAAAGUGCUGUGUUAUUUUUACGGUUAAGCUAAUUGGCACACAUUUUGGUAUAGGUCCUUGUAGGAUGGAUUGACUUGAUAACAUCAAGUUUAAAAAAUAAAACUUAUAACAGAUGAG